CUGUGAAAUUUUCUAUAAUUCCAAUCAGAUCUAAGAUUUUUCUUGCGGUUGAAUCUUUUAUCUGUGAAAACUAGAAGAAAAGUUUUGUUUCUGAUUUUGAAAUAUAAAUGGGGCUUUCGUUUUUGGCUGGCCUCAUUUUGUAUAUAAUUUCCAACUACAUUUUGCUCUUGGUUUUUUAAAGAAUUUUAAUUCUUGAAAAUUUUCUUGUUCUUCCCAGAUUUAUAUUGCUUUUAACGUUUCAAAUUUGAAAAAAAAAAAAUAAUAGGUGAAAGAUGGCUGGAAAAGGAGGGAAAGGGCUUUUGGCAGCUAAAACCACCGCAGCUAACAAGGACAAGGACAAAGAUAAGGAUAAGAAGAGGCCAAUUUCCCGGUCUUCUCGUGCCGGUAUUCAGUUUCCUGUUGGUCGAAUUCAUCGGCAUCUGAAGCAAAGGACAUCUGCCAAUGGGCGAGUUGGGGCAACUGCCGCAGUCUACUUGGCUUCGAUUCUGGAGUAUCUGACUGCAGAAGUUCUUGAGCUGGCUGGAAAUGCGAGCAAGGAUUUGAAGGUGAAGAGGAUCACACCAAGGCAUCUGCAGUUAGCCAUUAGAGGUGAUGAAGAACUUGACACACUCAUCAAGGGAACUAUUGCUGGCGGUGGAGUGAUCCCUCACAUCCACAAAUCUCUGAUCAACAAAACAACCAAAGAUUGAUCUCAUGUCGUUUGCAACUGAACAAUUAUGCGUUUUGCGUGACUGUCUUGUUUAGGAUAAUGUAGGUCAGUUUGGUAUUUGUUGGUGCACGUCUAGGACAUCUUGGUAAGUAUGUAUAAUAUUCUGACAUCUAGGAUUGUGUUCUCUAAAAACUGGUAUCUUUAUUUAGAGUAGGGAUGCUUUUUGUUGGAUUGUCAAGUUAAAUUUCUUAGCUUUCUCUUGAUUAAUACUUAAUUUUAUUUCUUAAUA